AUGUCGUCGCCAAUGAAGCAAAAGCCGGAGGCGGUGGCAGAUAGGGUUCUGAAGCGUCUUGAAAUCAGCAAGAUGGCCCGGAAACUUCAGGACCGCCUCGCACUGGCGCAGUUCAAGACGAAAUAUGGUUGGGAGGAUCUGACGCUAGACAGUCUCGAGCCUAAGCUCGAGGAGGAGAAACGCAAACGAAUGCCUGACGGUGACAUACUGUCCGACUCGUCUUCGAGCGCAUCCGACCUACCGUACCCCACGAGGGCCUUGAUGAGCUCACCACUUAAAGCCCCGUUCUUUUCAGACGCCGUUGGGUCUAGCAGCGGGAGUACUGGCCACCGGAAGCGUACCUACAUGGCCUCAUUCGACCACAUUGCGUCAAGUCCCAGCAAACGCUUCCGCCACUCACCAACAGCGCACAGGUCUUUCACAACCGGUCAUACAUCUUGGAAAGACCACCACCAGCUUGCACAGUCAUCGCCUAUAAAACCUCGGCGGCAACAGCACUUCACCACGUCAACAGGGCCUGAUGUAUCGUUUUUUGCAGGCUCAGGAAGGAUGGCUAAUGCCCUUAUCGCGCCAACUUAUGUCAUCAACUCCGAUGACGAGGACGAGGACGACCUUCCAAUUUCCCACUCAUUUCGACCGAGCCAUACCCGAGGGUCGCCACCCCAAACACCACCCAUGCGGAGCCGCUCCGGUCCCAGCAAGAACCGAGACAAGAUGUCGGCCGCGGCGCCAGCGGACGAUAUCAAGGCCGGCGAGGAAGGUGCUGAUCUCCUCCUUUACCUGGCAGCGUCACCCUCGCCGGCGAACCCCAAAACUAGCAGGAUGGAGCCUCCAUCUACUCCGCCACCAAAGAAUAAGCUUGCGCUGCCAUCAUCUAUGAUGACCACUCCAGGGGGCGGUCUUCCGUUCCCCAACACGCCAGGCAUCGCCUUUGACUUUUCAGACUUUGUCCAUAUGACACCCAGCCCAGCCCAAAAGCCGUGGAAGACGCCGGGGACGCUGGGAGGGGCCAAGACACCCCUCAGUGUUGCGAGACGACGAAUUAACUUUGACGAGCUGCUACCUUGA